AAAUAAUGCACAAAUUACGUAUGCAAGAAAGUUAACCAACGACUUCGCACGAACGGUUGUGAAUUACAUCUUCUUCGUUUAAAAUAAUCUGUUACAAAUAAUAGAUAAUAUGGAAUCUGCUAUUGUUCAUCUUGAACAAAGCGUGCAAAAAGCUGAUGGAAAACUAGACAUGAUUGCAUGGCAAAUUGAUGCUUUUGAAAAAGAAUUUGAAGAUCCUGGUAGCGAGAUUUCUGUGCUUCGUCUAUUACGGUCUGUUCAUCAAGUCACAAAAGAUUAUCAGAACCUUCGGCAAGAAAUAUUGGAGGUUCAACAAUUACAAAAACAACUUUCAGAUUCCCUUAAAGCACAAUUAUCUCAAGUGCAUGGACAUUUUAACUUAUUACGCAAUAAAAUAGUAGGACAAAAUAAAAAUCUGCAAUUAAAAUAAGAUUAAAAUUUUUUA